UCUCACUGAGACUUUGUGAGUGUUUGUCAGGUCAACAGAGGAACAUGGCUUCAUCCUUUCUCCUCUUCUCCCUCCUCUUCAUCGGCCUCCACGCUGCAGAUGGAUUCAUGGAGUUUGUAGUGACCCGUUGUGUCUUUAACUCCUCUGAUCCUAAAGACAUCGAGUUCAUCCAGUCUUAUUAUUACAACAAGUUGGAGUACACCAGGUUCAGCAGCAGUGUGGGGAAGUUUGUAGGAUUCACUGAGCACGGAGUGAAGAACGCUGAGUACUGGAACAAUAAUCCUUCAUUUCUGGCUCAGAUGAAGGCUGCGAAGGAGAGAUACUGUGUACACAACAUUCAGAUUGACUACGACGCUGUUCUGACUAAGUCAGCUCCGCCCUACGUCAGACUGCACUCGGUGACGCCCCCUGGUGGUAAAGAUUCGUCCAUGCUGGUCUGCAGCGUCUUCGACUUCUACCCUCAGAAGAUCAUAGUGAGAUGGCUCCGAGACGGAGAGCCGGAGACCGCCGGGGUCACUUCCACCGAUGAGCUGGCAGACGGGGACUGGUACUACCAGGUCCACUCUCACCUGGAGUACAAGCCCAGGUCUGGAGAGAAGAUCUCCUGUGUGGUGGAGCACAUGAGUCUGAGUAAACCUCUGGUUACUGACUGGGACCCGUCCAUGCCCGAGUCUGAGAGAAACAAGAUCGCCAUCGGAGCGUCAGGACUGAUCCUGGGUCUGACCUUAUCUCUGGCUGGAUUCAUCUACUACAAGAGGAAGGCCAGAGGACGGAUUCUGGUUCCCAGUAACUGAGCCUGGCCCUAACCCUGGUCCUGGUCCUGGUCCUGGCCCUGGUCCUGGUCCUGGUCAGAUGGAAUGAAAGCAGCAGCUGCUUCAACCCGCUUCAUGUUUUCAGCUCAGCACCCGGACAGUGCUGCCCCCUGCUGGACCGGCUCACCACCUGAUUCUCUCAUGAUCUGGACUCUGAUACUCAGCUGGUCUAAAACCUGAUCUCAGGUUUAGUCUGGACUGUGGUGUGUCACAGCUGGAUGUGAACUCUGCUUCAUCUACAUGUGAUUUGAUGCUUUACUGUGUGAAAUCAAUAUUUAACAGCCACUUAUAUCCAUAACGGACUCAAUAACUCUGCUUUCAAAUCAAAUGUAAUCCAGUGUUCUGAAUGAUUUGGGGCUCUCAGGUUGUGUGAUUGUUAGAUUCAUAUAUUUUACUGCAGUGAGACGUUUUCUAACCACAAUAAACCAGAAGACAACUCUGA